GCCACCACUACUUCCGGUUUCGGCAGUCUGGUCCAUAUCCACUCCUCAGUCGCGUUUUCCCAACUUUCGCACCAUUGUACACAAACAACGAGGAGUUGGCGGUGAGCACAGCAUCGAUCGAGGGCUGCUCCUUUAAGAAAGACUAAGCCUGAAUUAUCACCCCACCUCUCCUGAUCUUCUUUACAGGGCUUUUGCGUUUUAAAAAAUCAACCCAGGAGCCGGAGUGAUCAAAAGAAAAACGAGUGAGCUGAUUUUUUGUGUGCAUUUGAUAUUCACAUUAGGUGUGCUAACCCGUGGAAGCGCCGCGCGGAUCAUCAUUCAUUCCGGGCUACUUUGACAAGCCUCGGCGUUUGAUUGACAGGCGGGGUGCAAAAAGCCAUGAGACUUCGCUAGUUUGUUUUUGAGGGGUAUUUUCAUACAGUUUUUUGUAAAAUAAGACUGGGUUUCUCUCCCUAUGCCACUGCCUGGGGAUAGCUCAGCCCUAUUCACGGUUGCUUUGGACUGAACUUGAGCUGAAGAGGGCUGGCUUGAAUUCAUCGUUGCCUUUCUCUUGCAAGAAAUACGGAUUCUUGAAAGAUCUCGCAUUUGGAAUUUGCGUUUUUAUUUGUUCUUCACCCUGCCUCUUAGGGGAUAUAUCCGAAGCGAAAGGAGAGAAGAAGAGAGGGACUAGAGGAGGGAUAUGGCGCAGCGGUACGAAGACUUGCCCCACUACGGGAUGGACGGGGUGGGUAUUCCCACCACCAUGUACGGCGACCCGCACGGUGCCCGCUCCAUGCAGGCCGUCCACCUCAACCACGGUCCCCAGCUACACUCACACCAGUACCCGCACACAGCCCACAGCAACGCCAUGCCGCCCAGCAUGGGCUCGUCCGUCAACGACGCCCUGAAGAGAGAUAAAGACCAGAUAUAUGGGCACCCCCUGUUCCCCCUGCUUGCACUGAUUUUUGAGAAAUGUGAAUUGGCGACUUGCACGCCCAGAGAGCCUGGAGUCGCGGGAGGAGACGUUUGUUCAUCGGAAUCUUUCAAUGAAGACAUAGCUGUGUUUGCAAAACAGAUUCGGGCAAGAAAGCCGUUAUUUUCAUCGAAUCCAGAACUGGAUAACCUGAUGAUUCAAGCCAUUCAAGUUUUACGGUUUCAUCUUCUGGAGUUGGAAAAGGUACACGAACUAUGUGACAAUUUCUGUCACAGGUACAUCAGCUGUCUGAAAGGAAAGAUGCCCAUCGACUUGGUGAUCGACGACAGAGAGGGCGGAUCAAAAUCGGACAAUGAGGAAAUAACAAGAUCAUCCGGGCCUCUUGAUCAGGUAAUGUCACAUCUCUCU